AUGAUAAUAACGGCAAAAGUAGUAGCCAUUUGUUUGGGCAUAUCCCUUACUGCCUUCACGGUGUCCACAAUUGUGUUGGCUGUUCAGAAGGCGAAUCUGCAGGCUGAGCUAGACGAUGUACGCGAUAUAUUGGAUCAGUUGGAAAACGCUACUACCGCUACGCCUGGUACGACCACUGUAACUGCCGGCACUACCACCACUAUUGCGACCACUGCUACAGCGCCAACAGUUGCCACAACCACAGCAACUACAGCGCCAACAGUUGCCACAUCCACAACAACCACUGCGCUGCCGGAGACUACAACACCAACACCAGAAGUUGUGAGUUACCGGCUUCCCGACAGCAUUUACCCAAUCAGCUAUGAUCUUUAUCUACAUCCUGAAAUUGAUACGGGUAACUUUACUGCGGAUGGUAGCAAGAAAGUUAUUGCCACCUCUAAGUUUGAGCCAACUUAUGCGCGUCAGGCUUUCCCCUGUUUCGAUGAGCCAGCCAUGAAAGCAACUUUCUUAAUCACUUUAGUGUAUCCCAAGGAAGGUGAUUACCAUGCGCUCUCCAAUAUGGAUAUUUCGCGUGAAGCCGAUCAGGGUAACUACGUGGAGGUCUUCUUUAACCAGAGCGUGCCGAUGAGCACUUACUUGGCCUGCUUCAUUGUUUCGGACUUUGCAAACAAAUCGACAACCAUCAAUACAAAUGGCAUUGGCGAAAACUUUACUCUGCGCGCCUUUGCGACUCCUGAACAACUUGAUAAGGUUGAUUUUGCGCUGGAAGUUGGCCAAACGGUUAUUGAAUACUACAUUCAGUACUUCCAAGUGGAAUAUCCAUUGCCAAAGUUGGACAUGGCUGCCAUACCAGACUUCGUCUCUGGUGCUAUGGAACAUUGGGGUUUGGUCACUUAUCGUGAAACCACAUUGCUUUAUGACGAAAACGUCAGCUCAACGGCAAAUCGGCAAAAUAUUGCGAGUGUUAUCGCUCAUGAAUUUGCGCAUAUGUGGUUCGGGAAUUUAGUCACGAUGGCUUGGUGGAACGAUUUAUGGCUUAAUGAGGGUUUUGCGAGCUACAUUGAAUACAUAGGCGUUGAGGCGAAGUUUCCUGAAUGGAAAAUGCGCGACCAAUUUAUCACCGGUACUCUGCAUACCGUCCUCUCUUUGGAUGCCACACUCGGUUCCCAUCCGAUUAUACAAACUGUAGCGAAUCCCGAUCAAAUUACUGAAAUAUUUGAUACCAUCACCUACUCGAAGGGUUCAUCCAUAAUCCGGAUGUUGGAAGAUUUUAUUGGCGCUGAAAACUUUCAAAAGGCUGUUACGAAUUACUUGAAUGAGUACAAAUAUAGUAAUGCUGUGACGGAUAACUUUUUAACAGAAAUCGACAAAUUAAAUUUGGGCAUUGAUGUAAAAUCGAUUAUGAAUACUUGGACGGAACAAAUGGGUUUACCAGUAGUCGAGGUAGAAGAAUUAAGCGAUACAAGAUUUAGACUUACACAAAGACGUUUCUUCUCCAAUCCGGAUGAUUACGAAAGCAUCUACGAUGAUUCACCGUUUAAUUAUACUUGGUCAAUACCGAUUACUUACAAGACAAAUGCAACGGUUGAUGAGACGAGAGCUUGGUUCUACUAUAAUCAAACCGAAUUAAUUAUUGAAUUGACAACUGCACCUGAAUGGAUUAAAUUCAAUUACGAUCAGAUUGGCUACUAUCGUGUUAACUAUCCUGAAACUUUGUGGCUAAAGUUAGCGAAUCAACUUAUAACGGAACCUACUAAAUUUUCAGUUGGUGAUCGCGCUGGUCUCUUAAAUGAUGCCUUCUCGCUAGCCGAUGCCACGCAGCUCUCUUACGACACAGCCUUCGACAUGACGGAAUAUUUGGCAAAGGAAACCGAAUAUGUGCCCUGGAGUGUGGCGGCAUCGAAGCUCACCUCACUCAAACGUUCGCUUAUGUUCACCGAAGUUUAUGGCAAUUACAACCAGUAUUCACGCAAUUUAAUAAAGCCAAUCUAUGAACAAGUUACGUGGACAGUAGGUGCUGAUCAUUUACAAAACCUCUUGCGUGUUACUAUCUUAUCGGCUGCUUGCUCCCUCGGUGUGGAGGAAUGCCUAACAGAAGCAGCAACACGCUUUAAUGCAUGGCUUGGUACUCCAGAUGUGCGCCCACAUCCAGACAUUCGUCAAACAGUCUACUACUAUGGGGCAUACGCCGCUAAUGAGCAGUCUUGGAACAAGAUGUGGGAACUCUUCGUGAACGAGUCUGAUGCCAGUGAGAAAUCGAAAUUAAUGUACGGCCUGUCGGCCGUGCAAGUGCCAUGGAUUUUGAGCAACUAUAUCAAUCUCGCCUGGGAUGAAAAUAAUGUGCGCAGUCAAGAUUAUUUCACUUGUUUGCAAUAUAUCGCCGCCAACCCGGUUGGUGAACCAAUCGUCUGGGAUUAUGUGCGCGAACAUUGGCCCGAUUUAGUGGACCGUUUCGGUUUGAAUGAACGUUACUUGGGUAAUAUGAUUCCUUCAAUUACGUCGCGCUUCGACAAACAAACCAAGUUGGAAGAAAUGGAGCAAUUCUUUGCUAAAUAUCCGGAGGCCGGCGCUGGUGCAGCGGCACGUGUGCGCGCUUUGGAGACAGUGAAGAAUAACAUAGCUUGGUUGGCAAACAAUAAGGAAAACGUUGGAGCGUGGCUGACUGAGCAUUCCACGUCAUAG